AUGACCAGCGUUCCACCAAACAUGUCUACACCAGAGCCAACUGUAAAUGGCGUGCAUGACUCCGCGAGCAAUGGUCGCCCCAGCUUUAACAAGCUCGAUACCGAUAUAAUUAUCGUGGGGGGAGGCUUUGGAGGGAUUUAUGGAAUGUACAAGUUCCGUAAACUCGGUAUGAAGGUCAAUUUGAUCGAGGCUGGUGCCGCAUUCGGAGGAACGUGGUUCUGGAACCGAUAUCCUGGAGCUCGCGUUGACAGCGAGACUCCAUAUUAUUGUCUUUCCAUCCCUGAAGUGUACAGGGAUUGGAACUUUUCGGAGCGUUUCCCAGACCACGUAGAACUUCGCGAGUACUUCAAGCACGCUGACAAGGCACUGGACCUGAGCAAAGAUACCUAUUUCAACACCAUUAUAGUUGGAGCCACUUACGAUAGUGAUUCAGGGAAAUGGAAAAUCAGGUCAGCUGACGGAGAGACAGCUACUUGCACAUACCUUGUGAUGGCUACGGGUUCGUCCUACAAGACGCAUUCCCCAGAUUUCAAGAACAUGCCUCAGUACAAGGGCCUCAUCGUGCAUUCCGCCAGAUACCCUAGCAACCUCGAUGUUACCGGAAAGAGAAUUUGUGUUAUCGGGAGUGGAGCGACUGGCUUGCAGAUUGUGCAGACUCUUGCGCGCGAGGACUGCGAAGUCACAGCUUGCAUUCGAACUCCGAACCUCUCACUUCCAAUUCGACAAAGAGCUCUCACUAUUGAGGAGCAAGAGAUGAACAAGAACUUUUACCAAUCGUGGCUUCAUGCGGCAAAGGGCUCUAAGUCGGGAUUCCCCUACGAUCCUGCUCCAAAAGGGUACUUUGAAUCCACUCCCGAAGAACGACAAGACUGGUGGGAGUUGUUAUGGAAACGCGGAGGUUUCAGUUUCAUGGGAGGCAACUACAUGGAGAUGAUAUUUAAUAAAGAUGCGAACCGAGAGAUUUAUAAGUUCUGGGUCGAAAAGACACGGCAGCGCGUCAAGAACGUCGAGAAGAGAGAUAUUGUGGCGCCACUGGAGCAACCUCACUGGUUCGGCACCAAACGACCCAGUCUUGAAAGAGAUUACUACGAGAUGAUCGACAGAGAUAAUGUGAAGCUCGUCAGUCUGAAAAGAAAUCCCAUCGAUCACUUCACCGAGACAGGGAUCCGUUUCGGCGGAGAGGCCAGCUUCGACGCCGACUUCGAUGUUGUCAUUCUCGCGACAGGCUAUGACGCUAUCACCGGGUCCCUUCUCGACGCCGGGAUCGUGGGAAAAGAUGGUAUCUCCUUGAACGAACGAUGGAAAAAGGGAAUUUCAACUCAUCUCGGACUCACAAUACCUGAAAAUCCAAAUUUGUUUAUGGUUUACUCACCACAAGCGCCGACUGCGCUGGCGAACGGCCCGCCUCUUAUAGAAAUCCAGGUGGACUGGAUUGCGGCUGCCCUUGAGGCGAUGCAAGAGCAGCACAUUAAAUCGAUUACUCCGGAUCCAGCAGCAGCCCAAAAGUGGCGAGAACGAAUCCAAGAGGUGUGCAAUUUGACCCUCUAUCCCGAAACAGAUAGUUGGUGGAAUGGAGGGAAUGUCCCUGGCAAGCUCAAGGAACCCAUGUUGUACAUGGAGGGCGUCGAUACCUACAACUCUGUCAUAACAGCCGCAUUGAAAAACUGGGAGGGAUUUCAAGUAGUCAAGGCCUAG